CGUCCUUGGGCCGUCCAGCCCUACCACCUCUAUGACCUCCUCCUUCCGGUGUCCCGCAGGAAGUGGCUUGCGGCGCAGGCGCAGUUGUGCGCACCGGAAUCACCCGGGAGGGCGUGACGGAGGCGGCUUUUCCCAGGCGACCGGCGAGCCGCUCUCACUGUGACCAGCCAUUAUGUCACUGUCCCACUUGUACUGCAAAAAUGACGCUGCUGCUGCCGCCGCCGCCGAUGACGAUGUGGAGAUGGAGAACUUUGAGAUCACCGACUGGGACCUUCAGAACGAGUUCAACCCCAACCGGCAGCGCCACUGGCAGACCAAGGAAGAGGCUACCUAUGGCAUGUGGGCUGAGCACGAUUCUGAUGAUGAGAGGCCCAGCUUUGGGGGCAAACGGUCUAGAGAUUACUCUGCACCCGUUAACUUUAUCAGCGCCGGGCUGAAAAAGCCAGCAGCUGAUGAGAUAACAGAUGAAGAUUCUGAUGAGGAUGAGAAGCCUGUGAAACAGGAAGAAAUUCCCAAAGAAUUUGUGCCAAAGAAGUUAAAGACAGGUGGCAAUUUCAAACCCAGCCAGAAGGGCUUCAUAGGAGGAACCAAAUCUUUCAUGGACUUUGGUAGCUGGGAGAGGCACACUAAAGGAAUUGGACAGAAACUUCUCCAAAAAAUGGGCUAUGUGCCUGGAAGGGGCCUGGGAAAGAAUGCUCAAGGUAUCAUCAAUCCUAUAGAAGCCAAACAGAGGAAAGGCAAGGCGGCCAUAGGGGCAUAUGGCUCUGAGCGAACUACCCAGUCCUUGCAGGACUUUCCUGUUGUUGAUUCAGAUGAAGAAGCAGAGGAGGAAUUCCAGAAAGAGCUCAGUCAGUGGCGGAAGGAUCCAGCUGGGGGCAAGAAGAAGCCAAAAUACACCUACAAGACUGUGGAGGAACUGAAAGCCAAAGGUCGGGCUGGGAAGCAACUGUCAGCGCCUCAGAAGGAGCUGGCUCAAGUGAAGGUGAUUGACAUGACUGGCCGGGAGCAGAAAGUCUAUUACAGCUACAGCCAAAUGAGCCAGAAGCACAACAUCCCUGACGACAACCCCCAGCAGCAGCAGCAGCAGCCAUUGGGCAAAGACUCCAAGGUGCAAGCCUUCAGCCUGCCUGAACUGGAGCACAAUCUGCAGCUCCUCAUUGACCUGACCGAGCAGGAGAUCAUCCAGAAUGACCGGCAGCUGCUGUACGAGAGGGACAUGGUGGUCAACCUGACCCAUGAGAUCGAUAAGGUGGCAGAGGUCCUCACGCAUGAGGAGGUGGACAUCCACAACCUCAGCAAGGUUCUGGAGCUGGUGGAGGAGUGUGAGAGGCGGAUGCAGCCCAAUUGCGAAGACCCCCUGACCCUGCCUGAGUGUGCCAAGAUCUUUGAGACCCUCCAGGAUAAGUAUUAUGAAGAAUACAGGAUGUCUGACCGCGUGGACCUGGCUGUGGCAAUUGUCUUCCCUCUCGUCAAGGACUACUUCAGGAACUGGGACCCUCUGAAGGACCACAUGUAUGGCACCGAUAUCCUAGCCAAGUGGAAGACCUUGCUGGAGAAUGACCAGUUGCUGUCGCAUGGUGGGCAGGACCUUGCCUCAGAUGCUUUUCAUAGGUUGAUGUGGGAGACGUGGAUGCCCUAUGUCCGAAACGUGGUGGCCCAGUGGCAGCCCCGGAACUGCAUCCCGAUGGUGGACUUCCUUGACAGUUGGGGGCACAUCAUUCCUGUUUGGAUCUUAGACAACAUUCUGGACCAGCUGAUCUUCCCUAAGCUGCAGAAAGAGGUGGACAACUGGAACCCCCUUACCGACACAGUCCCCAUCCACUCCUGGGUCCAUCCCUGGCUCCUUUUGAUGCACGCCCGUCUCGAGCCACUUUACUCGCCGAUCCGCAACAAGCUUUCAAAUGCUCUCCAGAAAUGGCAUCCCAGUGACUCCUCAGCCAAGCUGAUACUGCAGCCCUGGAAGGAGGUCUUCACCCCAGGGUCAUGGGAGGCUUUCAUGAUCAAGAACAUAGUGCCUAAGCUGGGCCUGUGUGUGAAUGAACUGAUUAUCAACCCUCACCAGCAGCACAUGGACGCCUUCUUCUGGGUGAUGGACUGGGAGGGGAUGAUCUCUGUCUCCAGUCUGGUGGGCAUUCUUGAGAAGCACUUCUUCCCCAAGUGGCUGCAGGUAUUGUGCUCCUGGCUCAGCAACAACCCCAAUUACGAAGAGAUCACCAAGUGGUACCUGGGCUGGAAGUCGAUGUUCUCUGACCAGGUGCUGGCCCAUCCCUCCAUCAAGGAAAAAUUCAACGAGGCUCUAGACAUCAUGAACAGAGCUGUGUCUUCCAGUGUUGGUGGCUACAUGCAGCCCGGUGCACGCGAGAACAUUGCCUACCUCACGCACACAGAGCGCCGGAAGGACUUCCAGUAUGAGGCGAUGCAAGAGCGCCGAGAGGCUGAGAACAUGGCGCAACGUGGGAUUGGCAUGGCUGCUGGCUCUGUGCCCAUGAACUUCAAGGACCUCAUCCAGACCAAGGCAGAGGAGCAUAACAUCGUCUUCAUGCCAGUCAUUGGGAAGCGGCACGAAGGGAAACAGCUUUACACGUUUGGGCGCAUCGUCAUCUACAUCGACCGGGGGGUGGUCUUUGUGCAGGGGGAAAAGACCUGGGUCCCCACCUCCCUGCAGAGCCUCAUUGACAUGGCAAAGUGAGAGCGAGGCACCGGGCCCCGUGGAGAGGGCUGGUUCAGUCACCUUGUUCAUCAGCCACUGGGAGAUGCGUACAGGGGUCCCCUGGCCUAGAACUAUCCCACUGCAUGUGGGCUGGGGCUCCCCAAAAUUGGCUUGACAGGAGACCAGUGCAAAUAAAGCAUGCCUAGUUUUGGGAGGUGUCUAGCCCCCACUGUAUCUAAGGCUGAGGGCCUCUAAAGGGAGUAAGUGAAAGAGAGCCUGAUUUAAAGCAUCUCCAUACUUUGUUCAACUUCAGCCCAAUGAAAUUUCUGAUUAGUUCAUAUGGAAAAUGAUUCUGCCCUGAUGCAGAAUAAAAAAAAAAGAGAUCAUGCUGUUCAAGAGGCAAUCGUCCGCACUGUACACAAUAGUUCUAAGUGUGGUCAUAAUUGUGGUUGUUGGUGCUGUAAUUUGACCUGGCAGAACUUGGGUCUUGAUCACGUUGUCAGAAUGGGAGGAAGUGGCCGAUGUAAUAAAUAAUAAGAAGUGACAACAA